CACGUGAUCCACGCAAUCCUGUGGAUUUACCCGAAAGGCCCUGCGCGCGUAUUCUUUGGAGGUCAAGAUGGCGGCGAGGGCGCCCGCUGCAGCCGGUAGUCGUCUGCUUGAAGGUGUUCGCAAAUGGUAUUACAAUGCUGCCGGAUUCAAUAAGCUUGGUCUUAUGAGAGAUGAUACAUUGCAUGAGGAUGAAGAUGUGAAGGAAGCAAUAAGGAGGCUUCCUGAAGAUGUCCGUAACGAAAGAUUAUUUCGCCUGAAGAGAGCAAUAGACUUGAGCAUGAGGCAUCGGAUCCUUCCCAAAGAAGAGUGGGUAAAAUAUGAAGAGGAUAAACUGUAUUUGCAGCCAUACCUGAAAGAAGUUAUUCGUGAAAGACUUGAAAAGGAGGAGUGGGGGGAAAAAUAACUGAUUGUAACUCCUUGUGCAAAUGCUUCCUUAAUGGUUCUAGUUUAUUGAAAAAUCUGGCUGCUGAGAAAGCUCAUGUAACUUUAUGAACUCUAAAGAUUUUGUUCAUCCAACUGAAACAUUACUAAAUCAGCUUGGAAUCUUUUCUCCUUAGCUGCAAGGAAUUGGUUCAAGUCUUUUUCGGUUAUACAGUGGGGUAAUCUGUGAUAUUCAUUCCAGCUCUUUGAGUAAUUCUUUUUGUCAUAAAUACAGCUGUUUCUUGCAGCUGGGAGGGUAGAUAAGCAACAGAAUUUGCUGUUUUCGUUCCUGCUCUUCUGCCUCCCUUCUUUAAAAGAGAUACCCAUCUGCACAGUGACUGCACAUCCAUCAUCACCUCUUGUCUCUGGAGAUGGGGAUGUGGGCGCACACUUCAGCAUUCAGCGGCAGCCCUAGACAAGUUAUGUAACCUAUCAUGUCUACCCAAACAAAUGGAAUGGUACAUUAAUAGAGCCUUUUGGAAUGUUUGUGUUUCCUGUCAAUCUUUAAAUAAAAUUGCCUCAUUUAACCUAAA